AUAGUAUAGUGGCUUUGAAGUUUGCAUGUCCAAAAUAAUGGGUUGUUGUGAAUCAAGGAGAAUAAAAAAAGUGCAACUCUGUGAUUCCACCAUGUGCACACAGAUCAUCAACACCUAUUAACAGAGCAUAGACAAAGCAAUUUCCAAGGUAGAGAAGAACUGGUCAAUAGUUUAAUUAUAGGUUUAUGCUUUCCUUGUUAAAACUCAGACAACGCAUUGGCGCAAUCCCAGGGAAACCUUCACCCCUCAUUUGCUUGCUAAACAUAGUUUAUGGUGUCUAAACAAGAGACAUCCUUCCAAUCUCCUCAAUGGCCGUCAAACCAUACACUUUUAUUGGCUAGAUAUAACUCCCCUUACAUCCCCCCUUCGUUUCUAUAAGCAGCCUUGGGCCAGCAAAGGACCAAGGUAGUUAGCUAUGGCUAUCCCUCCUACAGCCUUGGGCUGCUUUCUUUUCUUCUCAUUCCUCUUCUCGACAUUGUCUUUGGCAUUGACUGAUGCUGAAGCGUCCUACAUUGCUCGUCGUCAGCUCUUGACGUUCCGUGAGAAUGGUGACCUUCCUGAUGAUGUUGAAUAUGAAGUUCAAAUCACAGAAACUUUUGCAAACGAGAGGUUGAAGAGAGCUUACAUUGCUCUCCAAGCAUGGAAGAAGGCUAUGUAUUCUGACCCCUUCAACACAACCGGCAAUUGGGUUGGUGCCAAUGUGUGUGCCUAUAAUGGUGUCUUUUGCGACUCAGCGCUUGACGACCCAAAGUUGAACGUUGUUGCCGGUGUUGAUCUGAACCAUGCUGACAUUGCAGGGUACCUCCCUGUUGAGUUGGGGCUCAUCACUGAUGUUGCAUUGUUCCAUAUUAACACUAACAGGUUUUGUGGAAUAAUCCCAAAGAGCAUGUCCAGGCUUACCCUCAUGCAUGAGUUUGAUGUUAGCAACAACCGUUUCGUUGGUUCUUUCCCAACAGUGACUCUAUCCUGGCCAAACGUCAAGUACCUUGAUGUCAGAUUCAAUGAUUUCGAAGGUGAGUUGCCGCCAGAAGUCUUUAAGAAGCAGCUAGAUGCAUUGUUCUUGAACAACAACCGGUUCACAUCCACCAUCCCUGAUGCAAUCGGUGAAUCCACUGCUACUGUGGUAACAUUCGCUCACAACAAAUUCAUUGGUUGCAUUCCACGCAGCAUUGGCAAGAUGGCUAACCUAAAUGAGGUCAUCUUUAUGGGCAAUGAACUUGGUGGAUGCUUCCCGUAUGAAAUUGGGUCGCUAGAGAAUGUAACAGUCUUCGACGCCAGUUGGAACUCCUUUGUCGGAUCUUUACCAUCUAGUUUUUCUGGAUUGAAAAACGUUGAUCUCUUGGAUAUUUCUAAUAACAGGUUGACAGGACUUGUACCAGAGACAAUCUGUAAGCUUCCAAGCUUGUCAAAUUUCACAUUCUCAAGCAACUACUUCACCGGUGAGGCUGAAUCAUGUGUACCAACUUCGAGGAAGGACAUUGUGUUGGAUGACACAAACAAUUGCUUGGCUGAUAAGCCUAAGCAGAAGUCAAAGCAGGCAUGCUCCCCUGUUGUAAGCCAACCCGUGGAUUGCAGCAAGGACAAGUGUGCUGGAGGAUCUACGCCUUCUAAGCCAACCACAUCAAAGCCAAAGCCACAACCAACACCUUCUCCUGCUCCAAUUCAUAAGCCAUCAACCCCAGAAGUCCCAAAACCAAAGCCACAACCCACACCUUCUCCAGUGCCAAAAACACAAUCCCCACCAUCGACUCCCUCGAAGCCAGCACAAUCCACACCAUCUCCUCCUCCAGUCCAAACACCACCAAAGCCACAACCCACACCAUCUCCUUCUCCUAAACCAGUAGCAAAAGCCCCGCCACCUCUUGAUGAUUAUGACCAAUCCCCAGUAGCACCAGCCCCAUCACCAAAUGAUCAUGAUCGAUCGCUAGUACCAACACCAACCACACCAGCUUCACCUGAUGGACAUGAUAGAUCCCCUGUAGACCCUUCACCAUCACCACAACCAACUCUUGAGGUCCCAUCCCCAGAACCCACACCAAAACCGUCUCCCAAACCUAAGCCAGUGAAAUCACCACCGCCUCCUACACAAUCUCCACCACCACCCCAAGCACAAUCUCCACCACCGCCAAUUAUCUCACCUCCUCCACCAACCCCUAUCCAUUCCCCACCACCACCAGUCCACUCCCCGCCUCCACCAGUCCUCUCUCCUCCGCCUCUCGUGCACUCACCGCCUCCACCAGUCCACUCUCCUCCACCUCCUGUGCACUCACCGCCUCCACCAGUCCACUCUCCUCCACCUCCCGUGCACUCACCGCCUCCACCAACCCACUCUCCUCCUCCUCCUGUGCGCUCACCGCCUCCACCAGUCCACUCUCCUCCACCUCCCGUGCACUCACCACCACCCCCAAUCCACUCUCCUCCACCGCCCAUUCAUUCACCACCACCCCCAGUCCACUCUCCUCCACCGCCUGUGCACUCACCACCACCACCAAUCAACUCUCCACCACCGCCGGUGCACUCACCACCACCGCCGGUUCACUCCCCACCUCCACCAGUGCCCUCACCUUCACCACCACCACCACCACCACCACCACCACCAAAGUUCUCUCCUCCACCACUAGCACCAGUAUCCUCACCUCCGCCACCAACUCUAUCUCCACCACCACUACCACCACCACCAACCUUCGAAGACAUUGUCCUCCCUCCAAACUUAGGGUUCCAGUACUCAUCGCCGCCUCCGCCAAUGGUCCCAGGCUACUAAAUGUUGUAUUAUUGAAGUCUCUAACAUAUCAUUUGCUCAUAUUCAUAGCCACAGAAAGCCAUUUAUACGCAAGCCAAUUUAUUUCUUGUAGCAAGUUGAAAUAAAAAAUGCAUGAAUGAAAGUUCUUCUAGUGUAAUGUGAAUUCCCAUUAAUCUUCUAAUUCUCUUGCACUUGUUCCCAAUUUAUCUCAGAUAAAAAUUAUUACACACACAUUUACAUAUUUGACUCUGCAAUUGUCAUUUUAUGGCUAUAGAAAGGACAAGUUGAAGAAGAGCAAAAAAUAUGACCGCUGCAGUGAGAAAAAAUUGAUUUAGGAUUUGCAAUGUUGAAAGGUUUCAAUAAUUCCUAUGCGACACUGCAAAGAGUAGCUCAAAUGGGUGAAUAACAGAUGCUAGCAUGACCUCAAAAGCCUUUAGUGUUUCGUUUGCAAGCCCAUGAUGUGAGAACCCCAUGAUCAUGGAAUUCCACGAAACCAAAUCCCUGAAACUCAUGUUUUAGAAUAUUCUCUAUGCAUCAUCUAAUA